GCCAACCCGCUAGUAUACCGCUAAUCGCCGCCGCGCUCAGGCGAGUAGAGCUCGCGCGUUUCCCUUUGUUCCUCCGCGUCUUUGUGUUGUCUCGCGAUGGAAUACGAAGUCUUUGUUCUAGUGUAGCUGCGACAGUGUCAGUGGCGAUGGCUCUCGACAACCAGUCGGACUCGCAGGAGACCAACUCCACCUCACUGGUGGAAGAUUCUGUCAACAUCACCUUCGAAGACGUUCACUACAAAGUUCGGCGUGGUUUCUUGACUGGAGGGCAGAAGACCAUUCUAAAUGGAAUCAAUGGGCAGUUCAACGCGGGAGAGCUGAGCGUCAUCGUGGGUCAGUCGGGGGCCGGCAAGAGCUCUCUCAUGGACAUCUUAGCGGGAUACACAAAGCCAACCAGUGGGAAGGUCUGCAUCAACGGUCGGCUCCGCAACGAAAAGAUGUUUAGACGGCGCUCCUGUUACAUCUUCCAAGACGACCAGGUCCACGACAUGCUCACCAUCCAAGAGUCCCUCUCCAUUGCCGCUGAGCUGAAGCUAGGAAACCAUGUCAGCAGUAGCCAAAAACGUAGAAGAGUAGAAGAAAUAAUAAGUUCGCUAGGAGUGUGUCAAGCGCGAAACACGAGAGCAGGCAGCCUGUCAGGGGGUCAGAAGAAACGGCUGGCCAUCGGGCUCGAGCUGGUCAGCGAUCCACCUGUCAUGUUCCUAGAUGAACCUACUAGUGGGCUGGACUCGUCGAUAUCGAAGCAGCUGAUAUACCUCUUGCAUCUGUUAGCACGCCAGGGGCGGACGGUGGUGAUCACCAUGCACCAGCCUUCGGCCCUGGUGUUGCACAUGGUGGACAAGCUGUUCUGUGUGGCGAGCGGACGGUGCGCCUACAUGGGCUCGGUCCCUCAGCUGCUGCCUUACUUGGAGCAGUUACACCUCAUCUGUCCGCCUUAUCACAAUGCUGUAGAUUUUUUUCUAGAAGUAUGUGCGGAGAAUGAACAAAGACUAGUGCAAUGUUCGCAAAAUGGAAUAAGCGAACAAUGGACACAAAAUAUACCCAAUGAGACUGAUAGGAAAUUAUUAGAAUAUAAAAGAAGUAAAUCUGAAGAAGUAUAUUUGACGUCAUUACCUACCCCCAAAGAAAAUCCAACUCGUAAAAUUUUGCUAUCCCUAAAAAGCACAUAUCCUACUUCACCUUGGAAGCAGUUCCUUGUUUUGACUUCGAGAGCGUUAUUGUCAAUCUGGCGCAACCCGUCUUUCACGAUAAUGAUGACCGGUAUACACUGCUUCAUGGCCUUGUUUGUCGGAUUUCUAUUCUACAAUAUCGGCGCAGACGCAAAAUACGUACGAGACAACUACAAUUUCCUCUACUUCGGCCUUAUGUUUCUUAUGUUCACCUCAUUUAGUGCAGUUACUAUAAGUUUUCCAGAACAAAUCCCAGUUACAAGAAGAGAACACUUCAAUCGAUGGUACAGUACCGGAGCGUACUACGUAUCGACAUUAGUGUCUUCUUUGCCGAGGCAAGCAGUGUGCACUAUCUUGUUCUCUUGCAUCACAUAUUGGCUGACGGGGCAACCGUGGGAAUACAUGAGAUUUCUUAUAUUCUGCUGCACUCUGUUACUUGUGUCCUUCGUGUCUCUGUGCGUUGGACUUUGUAACGGGUCCAUGUUUAAUGUGAAGAAUGGCGUUGUCUUCGGUCCGCUCAUCAUCAUGCCGUUUACAGUAUUCUCCGGCUUCUUUCUCAGAUACAGCGAUGCGCCGUAUUUUCUGCGAUGGCUCUUUCAAGUAUCAUUUAUGAAGCAUGGACUAGUUGGAUUAGUCAUAUCCAUCUUCGGACUCAAUCGAGCAAGGCUUACGUGUUCAGAUAUAUACUGUCACUACUCGCGUCCUUCCCAAUUUAUAAAGGACAAUGAUAUGUCAGGAGAAAAAUUUUCGUUAUCCGUGAUAUCCCUUCUUGCCAUAGGAUUUGUGUUCAUCGCGUGUGCCUACGUAGUUUUAAAAAUAAGGUUGAAAUGUAAAUGGUAAUAUUGGUAAAAUGUGAUUCGACACUGUGAUUCAGACAUUUUUCAGAUGUUAUUGUGGUAUAAGUGUUUUUGGAUAUGGACAAUUUUUUAGAGUUCAGGGUAGAAUGAUAUUUGUACAACUAGGUAUAUAAACAAUAAAUAUAAGAAGCGAUACCAAAUUAAGUUAUAAAUAAUAUAUUAAGAUAGAUCAUAAUAAUAUAAUAUUCAUUAUAACAUUCCGAUUUUGUGUAAAAACCUGUCACAAUAUUGUAUUGUGCGUACCUAUGUAUUUAUAUGUACAUAUACAUACAUAUAUACUUUAGUGACUUUAUACAAAACUUUGCUGAACUUUUUGUACAACUUUGAAUAGUCGUAAAGUUUUUUAUAUCUUGUAUAAUCUUUAGUACCACAAGAAUCUCAAUAAUGAGGUAGGUACUUAACAUACGCUUUAAAAGGUGCUUUUGAAUUUUACAAAUGCAUUGUAUCGCACAAAUCAUCACAAAUACCAAAUAGUUCGCUAGAUAUACCUAAUCUAGGCUUGGCAUUGUUAAAUCGGUAAGUUUCUAUAAUUUACUGCUCAAUUUCAUUGCAUUUAAGUUACAGUUGAUCUAGUAUAUUAUAAUGUAAAGAAUUCCAUUAUAGUUCUAGAUAUAACAACAUUUAUUUCCGCAAGUUUCGUCAAUGUCUCAACCAAUUGCACCUUUUACUACUUUAGCUUCUGCUUUAAUUUCCUUAAGCAAUGUAAGCAGCUCGGGUUCGACUUAAUAGUCCUCAUUUCUAAUUUCGUAAGAUAUUUUCUACAUAAGUUGUUUAGACUUUGACUAAAUACUUGUUUUCCAUCACCAUCCAUCCAAGCGACCCUGGAAUAUUUGUGUAUUAGAUUGAAUUUUAAAGCUUCUUAGCCACAGGUUCUAGUCGAACUAUUUAGGACUACAAUACUACGGAUACAAUUCGAACUGCACUUCACUUUUUCUGCAAUUCUGAAGUUCAUAUAAUACCUAUUAUAUCUGUCACUAGUGCCAUUAGUCAAUUAAGUAUCUCGGGUUACGAUUCAAAACACGAGGCACUACUGCGUUUUUCAUCUUAUUUUUGUUUUUGCGAUCAUCUAAUAUGCUUUUUCAACAAAAAUACUUUCACAGCGUCAAUUUACAUCAAGUGGCAAUGUUUUUUUUUUGUUUUUACGAUCAUCUACCAUGAUUAUUAUUCAACGGAACUAUUUUAUUAACGGGUUUUCGUUAAAACAGCAAAAACAAAAAUGCGAUGAAAAUACUAGUACCUCAUGUUUUACUUCGUACACCGAAAUACAUAAAUAACUUGGAGGUGAACUUGGGUGCUUGGAUUUUGUACUAUUUGUCGUUUCCAAGCGGGCACUUUUUAAUCCAUUUAUAUAUUCCAUGGUUUUACUUUUAUAGCCUUUAUACAAACAUUCUAAAGAUUUUUAUUUCACACGAAACUAUUGCGGAAACAAAAGUUGUAAGCACUAACAGUGGGUACUUUAAUCAUAUUCUUUAUGUAUAUUUAGGGACAUAAUGUACAUAUUAUAUUAUAUAUUAUAAGCACUUUAAAGUUCACUCAGUUCGCGGCAAAGAAAUAACACGUCAAACAGCUUUGUGACUCAGACUUAAACGCAUAAUUUAGAUACCAAGAGAUUAAAGAAAACUUAUGGCAGCGUUAACUGUAGGUACAGGAACCUCAUACGCUCGAAUUCCUUUAACUGAGAUAAAUGUCAGCUUUAAUGAAGGCCAUACUUAUAAUAAAAAUAAUGUAACUUUGUCUGCCCGUUUGUUAUGUCUAAACCGCUGAACCGAUGUUGGUAUGACCUUGGGAAAAAUAUUCUUUCUUCGAACUACCCUCGGAAACUGCUCACCGAAUUUUUCAGAAGUACUUUGAAUUUUGUCUGCAUCAAAAAAGGCAAUAACUAGUAUCUAUAUUUAAAUAAAACAUAUUUCCAAGAACAACUAGUCCCACUAGAUUAUCCGUCUGUCUAUUAUUUGUUUAAAAUAGAAUUUUUUUUGACAAAGAAAUUAUAAACAGAGUAACUUGUGAAAAUCAGAAUGCAGAUAUGCUACAAUAUGUCCUCUGUGAUAACUGAUCUCUUGCUAAUAUACUCAGAGGCACUAUUACCCGCUCACUUUAAUAAACUCGCGUCAUAUUAAAGUGGGCGGAUAAUUGUGCCUCUGAGUAUAGUUUGAAAUGUUUUGAAAUGCUUAUAACAAUGUUGUGAUUCAGUGAUAUGCACUGUGGCUAAAUAGAUGUAAUACUAGUACGUGGCUUUGAUAACCGGUGGUGGAUAUUUACGGAAUUUUUUAAUUUCUAAACGAAAUUCGAGUUUUCGGUAAAAAAUUAUAACGUUAAAUUAUUGUAUAUGGCAUGAGAUAAAGUAGUUAGAGUAUGAAACGGUGCAUACACUUGGUAUAAAUACUAGUGUCUCUAUUACAAAAAUCACUUCGUUCGUUUUAUAAAACUUGUAUUAUCCUAUUAUGGAACCUUUUGAAGAAGAUAAUUGUCAUUUCGUUACCAAUUUUACAAUCCAUUCGUGUCAUAUUUAUUUGCGUAAUUUUGAUUAGCCGAAUGUAAAACAGUUUUCUACAUAUUUAAAAAUAAAAAAACACACAAAAAAGAUAGGUAAAUUAUAUGGAACAUUAUAGUGACAAAAAUCAUAUGAAAUUGUAUCAGUGUGGAAGGAUUUCAGGUAGUUUAUAGCAUUUUUUUGUUAUUUAUGUUAUGUAUAAGUGGUGUUUGUAGCAAAUUAUAAUAUCAAUUGUUACAUGAA